AUGACAGGCGCUCCGCCAUAUAAUGGCCAGUCCCCGACUCAGCAGCAGCGGUAUCCGGCCUACUCCUCUCCGACCAAGAACCACCAGUAUUACCCAAACAAUGAACAACAACCACCGCAAUACCAUCAGCCUCCGCCGCAGACACCACCAGCCUUCGGCUCAUCCUCCGUUGCGCGGAGCCCGCACUUUUCGCACGCGUCUCCGAUGCCCUCCACACUGCCGCCGCCCUUGAAUGGCAGUGCGCCACCUCACCCGUCUCACCCGGAGGCUUCACAAUACCAAGGACAUCCGCCUGGCCCUCAGUUAUCGUUUCCGCGACCAUACUCGAGUUCCGUGAUUACAGGCAAUGGCGCCUCGCCCUAUGGUUCGGGACCGCAUGGGCAUCCGUCCAGCCGCCCUGAAGGCCAUUCGCAAUCACCUACAAGGGAGUCUGAAUCCCCAUAUCGGAUGCGCGGCAAUGGUGCUGGAUAUGGACCGUCGAUGGCGCGAGAGCCGAGACCGGCAUCGCCGCCAGGAAGUAAACCUGCCAGAGCCGCAGACCCAAUGUCGUUCGCCAGUAUCCUUUCCGGUCCGUCGGAUGAGCCUGCGAGGAAACCCUCUCCUCCCCCAGUCCCCGUCAUUGCCCACACCCAUGCUCCUCCUGUUCUUACACACCGGCACCUGGACCACAAUUCCACGCAUGGGGCUCUAGCACCCAAACAUGAGCAUCGGUCAGAGUUCGAUCCGAACUUGGAUACCCCGCGAGGACUACAUGCAACCAACGGGUUCACCAAGCCCGAGGCGGAAUACUCUGCGCCUGUUCCGCGUGCGCCGCUUCGGAAACCAUUCCCACCCGGCGUGGACUUGGAGCAAGUCAAUCGGGCUGCAGCCGAGAUCGACCAAGCCGAGAAGAGCGAUGUUGAAAGUCCUGGUUUCAACGCCGAGCAGCAACGGUAUCAGGAGAUAAGUCACAAACGAUCGGUGGAGAGCAGUCGUGCGGAGGAGGUUCGACGAAAGCGUCGCCGCCAUGAUUUCCUCGCCGAACUGGCCAAAAGCUUCGAGCGACAAGCCCUGUUGGGUACCGACCGAUUCCGAGGGCAUCACGAGGGUGCUGUCAUGGCCGAGGUUCAGCAAAAAGAGGUUCAGGAUGAGAAGGAACGAAAGAAGGACAUGCAACGCAAGCGUCGUCGCGAGAACACCGUGCGCCAGGAAAUGCAAAAGAAGCUGGAGGCCGAGCACAAGGCGAGCACGGCUCAAGAACCCGGAGAACGGGCGAAGUUCCUGCGCGAAGCCGAGCGCGCCCAGAAGAAAAUCCGCACUACCAAGCGUGCGUUGGAGGGCGGCGAUACCCAUGAAGAGCUAGGUGAGGUCACUCCUCUUGCUCCCAACCUCGAAGGCGGGACGCAGGGUCAAUUCUCUAUUGGACGUUCUUCGCCCAGCCGACGCCGGUCAGGCCGCGCGGGUCCGGUCACUCGUCCCAAGAAAUCCAAAGAGCAGAAGCAGGCCGAGAAGGACAUGGCCGAAGCUGCCUGGAAUGCUGGGUUGGACGACGAGCUGUAUCUCACCCCAAGUGCGAGAAAGGAUGUUCGACGUUCAAAGGAGGGUACCCCACUCUCGCAGUUACACUACGACAGCAAGGGCUACAAUCAGAUCUACGAGCAGAUCUGGCGCGAUAUGGCGCGCAAGGAUAUUCCAAAGGUCUACCGCAUCAAGACCACUUCUCUCUCCACUCGCCAGGAGAACUCCCGCAAGACGGCUCAGCUGGCUAGCAAGCAGUCUCGCAAGUGGCAGGAGCGCACGAACAAGAGCACCAAGGACACCCAAGCUCGCGCUAAGCGCGCGAUGCGCGAGAUGAUGAAUUUCUGGAAGCGCAACGAGCGCGAGGAGCGUGACCUGCGUCGUGCGGCUGAGAGGCAGGAACUUGACGCAGCGAAGAAGGCCGAGGCGGACCGUGAAGCCAAUCGCCAGAAGCGCAAGCUCAACUUCCUCAUCUCACAAACCGAGCUGUACUCCCACUUCAUCGGGCGCAAGAUCAAGACCGACGAAGCUCAAGGGGACGGUGCUGUUGCUGCUACUGGGGAGACCGUUCAGUCAGGAAAUCCAAACGCUCACACGAUCAACCUGCCUGACAGCGUGGCCAACCCCGACGCCAAGACCACUGCAUUCGAAGAUCUUGACUUCGACGCCGAAGACGACACCGCCUUGCAACAGGCUGCUAUGGCCAAUGCGCAGAGUGCUGUGCAGCAAGCCCAGGAACGGGCUCGUGCCUUCAAUCAAGAAGGUGACAACAUGGCUACGUUCGACGACGGGGAAAUGAAUUUCCAGAACCCGACUAGCUUGGGUGACAUCGAGAUCUCCCAGCCGACAAUGCUGAAUGCUCAACUGAAGGAGUACCAGCUCAAGGGUCUCAAUUGGCUGGUCAACUUGUACGAGCAGGGUAUCAACGGUAUCUUGGCAGAUGAGAUGGGUCUCGGUAAGACUAUCCAGUCCAUCUCCGUCAUGGCCUACUUGGCAGAGUUCCAUAACAUUUGGGGCCCCUUCCUGGUCAUUGCGCCGGCAUCGACACUGCACAACUGGCAGCAGGAAAUCACUCGCUUUGUUCCCAACAUCAAGGUGUUGCCCUACUGGGGUAAUGCCAGGGACCGUAAGAUUCUGCGCAAAUUUUGGGAUCGCAAGCACAUCACCUACAACCGCGACUCGGAGUUCCACGUCCUGGUCACCUCGUACCAGCUUGUCGUGCUUGACGCACAAUACUUCCAGAAAAUUAAAUGGCAGUACAUGAUUCUGGACGAAGCUCAGGCUAUCAAGUCUUCUUCAAGUUCCCGAUGGAAGAACCUGCUGGGAUUCAGCUGCCGCAAUCGUCUUCUGUUGACCGGUACGCCGAUUCAGAACAACAUGCAGGAACUGUGGGCUCUGCUUCACUUUAUCAUGCCUACACUGUUCGAUUCCCAUGACGAGUUCAGCGAGUGGUUCUCCAAGGACAUUGAAUCCCAUGCUCAAAGCAACACCAAACUGAAUGAGGACCAGCUCAAGCGUCUUCAUAUGAUCUUGAAACCUUUCAUGUUGCGUCGUGUCAAGAAGAACGUGCAGCAAGAGCUUGGGGAUAAGGUCGAAAAGGACAUUUUCUGUGACUUGACAUACCGCCAACGUGCCUUGUACGCCAAUUUACGUAACCGCGUCAGCAUCAUCGACCUUAUUGAGAAGGCCGCCACGGGCGACGACACUGACAGCAGCACAUUGAUGAACUUGGUCAUGCAAUUCCGCAAAGUAUGCAACCACCCAGAUCUCUUCGAGCGUGCGGAGACGAAAUCUCCCUUCUCGGCGGCGUACUUCGCGGAAACUGCUUCUUUUGUGCGUGAAGGCAACUUUGUCGAUGUUCGUUAUUCGACUCGGAAUAUGAUCGAAUACGACUUGCCUCGCCUUUUGUGCAGCUCUGCAGGCCGUCUGGAUCUCCCUGGUUCCGACAAUCCUCGUGCGGGUUUCCAAACUAAGUAUUUAUCGCAGUUGAUGAACGUGUGGACACCAGAAAACAUCCAAAAGAGUUCUCGCGAAAAUGGCGCGUUCUCUUUCCUGCGUUUCGUCGACACUUCGGCAGGAGAAGCCAGCGAGAUCGCCCGACUGGGUGUCUACGAGCGCGCAGAGCGUCGUCGCAGCAAGCCUAACAGGCUUUCUGCCCUGAACGUCAUUUAUGAUGAAAGUGAUGAUGCCAAGAACUCUGUGCUAUCUCAUUCGAUCUUGAAUAUUGUCGAUCGUAAUGAUCGUCAGGCCAUUACAGAUAUCGCCGUUGAGGGCCGGAUGAAGGAUCUCAUGACUGUCUCGCGGUCGUCAUUGGAAAAUCAAGGCCUUCAGCUGAUUGAGCCUUGUGGUGGUCCUAAGGCUUCCGCACCUCCUAUCACCCUGUCAUCUUCUGGUCAACAGGCAUUGCGGGAAACCCAACAGGCUUUGUUCAAUGUGUCUGUUCGGCAAGCACUCUUUGCACAGAAUAGCAAGAAGCUCGAGGAGCAGAUCCUUACAAAGAAGCUCGAUCCGGCGCCUUACUCUCAUCCACCUAUGCUGCCGCCGCCGGCCUCGCUCAAGGCCCGCUACAACCACAUCGAAGUCCCAUCGAUGCGUCGUUUCGUGACAGACUCAGGCAAGUUGGCCAAGUUGGACGAACUGCUGCGGGAGCUCAAGCCUGGUGGUCACCGCGUGCUUCUAUACUUCCAGAUGACACGUAUGAUCGACUUGAUGGAAGAGUACCUGACAUACCGCAACUACAAGUACUGUCGACUGGACGGAAGUACGAAGCUGGAAGACCGUCGCGACACUGUCGCAGACUUCCAAUCAAACCCGGAUAUCUUCGUCUUUUUGCUGUCGACCCGUGCCGGUGGUCUUGGUAUCAACUUGACAGCAGCCGACACUGUCAUCUUCUACGAUUCUGAUUGGAACCCUACAAUCGAUUCGCAGGCCAUGGAUCGUGCCCAUCGUCUGGGCCAAACUCGCCAGGUGACCGUCUACCGUCUCAUCACCCGCGGCACAAUCGAAGAACGCAUCCGAAAGCGCGCCUUGCAGAAGGAAGAAGUGCAGCGUGUCGUCAUUACCGGCGGUGCCUCUGGUGGUGUUGACUUCAACACCCGUGCUCGGGAAAACCGUACCAAAGACAUUGCGCUGUGGCUCGCCGACGAUGACGAGGCCGAGCUCAUCGAACAAAAGGAGAAGGAAGCCAUUGAACGUGGUGAGGCUCUUGGUGCCAAGGGCGGAAAGAAGGCCCAGAAACGCAAGCGAGACCUUACGCUAGAUGACAUGUACCAUGAAGGCGAGGGUAACUUCGACGACGCGAGCGCCAAACCCUCAGGGGCCGCUACGCCGGCCGAGGACUCGCUGGACACCCCCUUAGCAACACCUGCUGCCAAGCGCGGACGUGGCCGCGGUGGAGGCAAAGGCUCCUCGAAACGCGCGAAAACCACAAAAGAGCGUCUCCGUCUAAUUGACGGCGACGGCGGCCUCGAUUAA